AUGACGAACGAAAGUGUGAGCGAGUGGUACACCGGUCGUUCGGUGUUCAUCACCGGAGGUACCGGAUACAUGGGCAAGGUGCUCAUCGAGAAGCUCCUUAGAGACUGCGGCGGCAUCAAAACCAUUUACGUACUGUGUAGACCGAAGAAAGGUUUCAGCCCGACAGCCAGGAUAGAUCAAAUAAGGAAAUUAGCAGUGUUUGAACGCGUGCGCAUGGAGUUCCCAGAUAGACUGAAGAAAAUCAAAGCGAUGGAAGGUGACUUGGGCCUUCCUGGACUCGGACUGAGCAACGAAAACAAGUCGAUUCUUAUCGACGAAGUGUCAAUCGUCUUCAACGGGGCGGCUUCGUUGCGCUUGGAAUCCGGUCUGAAGGAUGCAAUAAGACACAACACCACUGGAACGAAACAUGUGUUGGACUUGGCUGUGGAAAUGAAACAAUUGGCGUCGUUCGUCCAUUUGUCCACGGCUUUCUGUCACUGCGAAUAUGACACACUCGAAGAAACGAUUUAUCCAUCGCCGGCCAAUCCGGAGGACGUCAUGAGGGCUGUCGAAUGGAUGGACGAUCAUACGCUUGAAACCAUCACGCCUAGAUUACUCGGGCCCCAUCCGAAUUGCUACACGUACUCCAAAAGGUUGGCUGAAUCGUUGGUCAGCGAAUAUGCCAAUCGGAUUCCAAUUUCUGUAGCCCGUCCAUCGAUUGUGACGCCUUCUUUCAGAGAGCCCGUUCCCGGAUGGGUGGACAGCUUAAAUGGGCCGGUAGGAGUCAUCGUGGCUGGCGGCAAAGGUGUGAUCCGAUCCAUGUUGUGUAGUCCAGAUUACGAAGCAGAAGUUGUGCCCGUAGACAUUGCGAUUAAUGCUCUUGUUUUGAUCGCUUGGAAGAGAACAACGAUCGAUAGCACAAUCGAUGACAUGGUGCCGUGUUACAAUAUAUCUAAGGGGGACAUCGUUCGCCUGACCUGGGGAGAAGUGUUGUCCAAAGGAAAACGAUACGCAUACGAGUAUCCAUUCGACGCCGGUCUGUGGUACCCCAAUGGAUCGAUAAGGACCAACAAAUUGGUGCACUACUUCAUUGUGUUCAUGCUGCAGGUCAUUCCGGCCUACUUGAUCGAUGGUAUCAUGAUCUUGGCUAGGCAAAAGACAUUCAUGGUCCGAGUUCAAAAGAGGAUAGCCGUCGGUAUGGAAGUGUUGCAGUAUUUUACCAUGCGCAGUUGGAACUUCAAAAUUGAAAACACUAAAGCACUGAUAAACUGUCUAAACGAAGAGGACAUGAGAAAGUUUUACAUCCAGAACACCGAAAUCGACGUCGAAAAGUACAUGAUCCAAGUGUUGCUGGGUGCUCGUCAAUAUUGCAUGAAAGAGCCUCUUGCAAAUCUCGACCGGGCGAGAUUUCAUCUAAAACUGCAAUAUUGGUUGAAUUUGGCAACUCAACUGGUUUUCGGCUUUUUACUCCUGUGGCUGUUCGUACGUGCUUUCGAUUCUUUCAAGUAUUUGCUGGACUCCACCACGAAUUCGUUCACCAACGUACCGAUCAUUGGUUCGUUAAUACCAAAGUGA